AACUCCUAGAAUCCACUACCUGGACUUCCGAGCUGGAGCUCCCCGUGUGCAACGUGGGAGACAGCUCGAUAUGGAGCAGUUAUCUUGCGUCAGCCCCACGCAUUCGGCUUGUCUGAUUAGUUGGUUUUGAGUUGGCUUUAAUUCAGUCGACCCAGAAGUCACUCCGAGAAUUCUGAAAAGGUCCCAACUGAUCACACGCGUCCAGCCUGUGUUUCACGAAUUCCAGUCGUAAGAUAUCGCGGAGAUCACCUUCUCGCUUUCAGCUUCAAGUAACGGCGAUUCGUUCGGCCAUGGAGACCCCGUCGGCCAUGGAGAUCCGUUCGGCUCCCACCCCAGGCUCGUCGUUAGCACCGUCGCGGUCUAGACGAACCGUCCAAAAUUUCUCCAUCCUCCUCUUAAUCUCCCUACUAGUAGCAUUCCUCACCUACUUUCCAUCCCGGACCUCCGUAAACCCCGUUCUUCCCGUCCCCCUCCACACGCCCUCCGCCCUCCGCUCCCUAAUCCAACUCAACUCGACCGCCACCUUCGGCGUGGUCCCAUCCGCGUUAAAACCGCGGCCGAAUUUCGCUGCCACAGGCGGGGGAAGCAGCAGCGGCGGCGGGGGAAGCAGCAAAGGCGGCGGAAGGGGGGGGACUGGAGCCGUGUACCUUCGCGAAUACAAGCAGCCGAUGGCGAAUGGGAAACCGGAGUUCACGUGUUACCACACGGAUCAUCUCCCCUGUAACGAGGCGGAUCGCAAGUUCGGCCCGUCGCUGGACAUGAUACGCGAGUUACAACUCUCUCGAGCGGACCGCGAGAUGUUCCACGUGUUAAGGCGGUUCAGGUGGCAGCGGGAGGAGCUGGCGCUCCAGGUGCCACGGCAGGAGCGCAGAGUGGCCUUCAUGUUUCUCACUAAGGGACCCGCGCCGUUGGCGCCCCUUUGGGAGAGAUUCUUCAAGGGUCAUGAACACCGUUACUCCAUCUACGUGCAUGCAUCCCCGGGCUACGUUUUUCCCAAGAACGGGUCCACCCUCUUCAGCAACAACACCAUCCGCAGCGAAUCGGUCGGCUGGGGACUGCCCACCAUGGUGGAUGCGGAGCGCCGCCUCAUGGCUGCUGCUCUUGCUGAGCCCGCCAACCACCGCUUUGUGCUGCUCUCAGAAUCGUGCAUACCCGUUAAGAGCUUCAACUACAUCUGGGACUACCUGAUGGGCACUCGCUACAGCUUUGUUUCCAGCUUCUUCAUCGAUCGCCCCGUGUGCUCAGGCCGCUACGACAAGCACAUGCAGCCCAAGAUCCCGCUCAGCCGCUGGAGAAAGGGGUCGCAGUGGUUCUCCGCCACGAGGCGGCAUGUCAACAUGAUCAUUGAUGAUGACAGCAUACAUGAGCUCUUCCAGAAGUACUGCCGGGGUGACAAGUGGCAUCACCACUGCUACGCUGACGAGCACUACAUCCCAACCCUCCUCAAUAUCAAGGACCCGGGCCGGGUGGCCAACCGCACCAUCACCUAUGUGGACUUCCCUCCCCUGCAGCAGCACCCCACGUCCUUCCUGCCGCCCAAUGUCACAGAGGAGCUUUUCCAAAACAUCACUGAACCCCUGGAUUACAGCCUUUUUAAUGUGGUGGAGCAUCGGGAUAAGAUUCCUCAAAGUGCAUACACUCUUCCCUGCUCCCUCAGUGGGAAGAAGCGCACCUGCUUUUUAUUUGCUCGCAAGUUUCCCCCCAGCGCCCUUCCUGCGCUUCUGUCUCUCCCUGAGGAUGUUUUAGGAUACUGAGUGCUUUGGAAUGAACGUUCUUACUCAAAACCAUGUUUGACGAGGCAUGGCGGAAUGGCAACUCAAGGAUGAUGUAGGUUGUGUCCUUGCGUGCAUGCAAUGAGCAUUCCUUUAUGCGUUGUAUCUUGCUUGUGUCCACUGAAAUUUUCAUU